AUGCUAGACGCACCAGCAUCUGUGCAUCUGCCAAAUGAGGCUCCGCAUCUUCAAGAGCACAAUUUCCUGCCUCCUCAAGGAGGCCAACCUUCGCGUCCUCAAGUAGUGACACCUCUGCGCCAUCACGAAGGCCAAUCUUCGCAUGCACAAGAGGGUCGACCUCCGCGUUCCCCGAAGAAACUCAAAACCACUGAUGGCGCAAGCUCUAUGCCGUUGCGAAAGGGACAGCACGAUGAGAACAAUGUAACUGAUGAAAAUGGCUUAGAAAUAAAUUGGCGUGGGCGCGAUCCGGAAAAUGUGUGGAACAAAGACAUUCGAAAAGCUCUGGAGUGGCACCGAGACACUCAUAUGCCUGACAUGCGGGCUUUCACUGUACGUCCAGACUCAUAAGGCUGCGGAAAUUGGAGGCAUGGGCGGCCCGCUGAAAGCGCUUUUUCUUGACUCUGUCCUUGCUCAGCUUUACAGGUCUUGGCAAGAAGGACGUGGAAAGGAGCCUCUCCCUCACUUUCAAGGACUUGCGUUUGACAAGCACCGCAUUCGCAUUCCAGCGGAUGGCAAGACCAGUCUUGGUCAAAAGAUGGAACCGAAGGGGUACCACUUGAUAUACGGCAAGCCUGGCGAGCAAGCCGCAAUGCCUGGGAGCCACGGCUCCGUGAUAACAUCGCAGCUACAGGAUCCAACCUCUGGAGGCUUGGGUCAGUACAGUACCGGAGCUUCUUUCAGGGAGGCCAGAAAUCAUCCGUACUAUCAGGCGCAUCCAAAGGCGUUCAUGACCGAUUUGAGCGACUUGAUCAAAGGCGUCAAGCACAAGCGCACGCCACCAACCAGAAAAAGCCGCCUCACCAAUCUACAACAAGAUCAAGGGCAAUGA